AUGUUCAAGGUCAUCGUCGUCUGCGCCCUCGUCUGCCUGGCUAUCGCUCAGACGCAUCGCCCGCACGGCGAACACCACCACGGCCACAAGGGCUUCACCGGAUUCCCGAAGGGCUUCUCUGGACAUCCCCGCUUCCGUCACGGAACUGGACACCCCCACGGAACCGGCAAGCCCCACCACCAUCACCCCCGCGGAACCGGACACCCCCACCACGAGCACAACACCGCCGCCCCGUCCGCC